AAACACUCCGUUUCUCUGAAAGCACGUGAUCAGAGGAAAACGUCACUGCCAGUUCUAUAAAUAAGCCAUUACCAAUUAUGUAGAGCGAUCAGACUUGGAGAACUCAGAGGACGCUUCAAACUAAGGAAAAUGUCCUCCUCGCUAAGUAGCUGUGAAAUCACCUCGGUUGUAGUGCGGGAAUCGGCUUUCCAAAUGUUUGGAAUCCCUAUGGAUGUUUUAACAUUUGAGUCUUCUUUAAAUCUGAGCGGGCUUUUUUCAAGUGCAGGAUAGCCGCCUCAGGUGUGUGCCUGCUGACCAGAAGAGGACCUGAUUGAUACCAUGAAGACGGCACUGUUGUUCGCAGUGCACCCUGUGCUGGGUGUGGUCGCGACUGCAGCACUUAUAGGCUACACAGCCUACAAACUCAGUAAGACCCAGGAGGGCUCUCACUGUCAGCGUCGUUCUCGCUCACGUUCUCCUAACCGCUCUUCUCCUAACCGCUCGUCUUCUCGGGAACAUGAGCUCAAGGUUUCCGCCCAGGAGGCGCUGGAUUCCAUUGGUUCCAGUCACCAGCUGCGGGGUUCAAGGGAACGAGCGGGCCGGGGCCAACACGUCUUCAACAACGGACUCCUGGAUUUCCACCGCAGCGUUCUACAGGACCUGCUAAACGAACUGGACGUCUAUGAGCAGGAACUGGUGGAGGACCUGCUGAAGGACAUCAGCGCCUCCCUCUCCCAACACGAACGCAACGCCAUCAGCAGUAUGGUGGUCCACUUCAGUUGGAAUGAGUUCUAUUUGGAUUACAAUGCAGAGGUGUUUGGCGUGUUUGUGCGGGAGCUCCGGAAAGCGCUAGUGGCAUACCUCAAGGCUUGUACAUCCGUCUACCACGGCGGAGACCGCGCACUCUGCAGGCUGACUGAGCGCGUGCGGUUCAUUGUUAACCAGAUAGUGAGGCAUGAGGUGUAUGUGGACCCACUGGCCCGCGAUCGCUGGCUGUUUCAGAACCCCGGCUGCGACCAGGUGUACCGUCAGGUCAGAGACGCAGUGGACAGAAUGUUCAAGAACAUCCUACAGGACUUCAAAAAGGUUUCCGAAAAGAUCAAGUUCUUUCGCAGGAGAAACAACUGGAACUGGCCGUAAUGGUCACAGAGAAGGGCUACACACACACACACACACACACACACACACACACACACACAUAUAAACACACAAACA